AUGGUGUCAUCAAUUCGUGUUUUUAUAGUUUUAAUACUAAGUUUAAUACAUUUGUCGUAUAAUGAUUUCAACAAUGUACCAAAAGUAAAGGUAAUUUAUCAAAACAUAACAGUAAGAGAAACAUUUGCUAAGAAAAUAAAACUGGGUCAAUGGAGACAUCACGUGUUUAUUUAUCGAUUAUAUAAUAAACGGCAGCUCUUAUACCGCUCAUGUUGCACUGGCAAUAUAAUAACAGAAGACAGAGUCCUAACUUCUGCUCAUUGUUUCUUGACGAACAGAAAAAGGUUGAAAAUUAAACUGAAGGAUUUGAGAGUUGUCGGAGGUAUAUUGAGUACGACGGCACGUGAACCAAUAGAAGAUGAUGUCCAGCAGUGGAGGAAAAUACAGCACAUUUAUUCCCAGAAGUUUUUUAGGUUUCCUGCUUUCAAUCUUGCUAUCCUUAGACUUAACAAGAUGUGGGUGUUCAACCAAUUUGUAAAUAAAAUACCUUAUUCGAAGCUGAAUCAAAACUUCGACGGAAUAUGUUCUGGUUUUAUACUAAAGUCGACAACAAGUUGGUCUUCUACCAAGAGUGUCUUCGUAGUGGAGAUGCAAAUUUACCCGCAGAGGACAUGCGAACAACUGUUACUGCGAAGCUGUGAACAAUAUUACAGUUCGGAGUCCAUUCCCACAUUAUCAUCAACUGAAACAGAAGGAGCUGGUCUCGUUUGCUUCCAGACAGGUGAUCCAGCCGAGCACGAAACAGACGGAGUGUUAGUUGGCGUGACGUCACUCAUGAACAAGAACUUACCCAACUUGCACACGAGAAUUGGCUUGUUUCAUGAUUGGGUAACGAAUGCCGCAACCGGCCACAACUGUAACGCACUUUGUAUUGUUUUGAUAAUUGAUUGUGCAAUAUGCAUGUUCGUAAAUAGAUUAUUUAUGUAAAA